AUGCUGCCCUGGCUCUGGCUCUGGCUCUGGCUCUGGCUCUGCGGCUGCUGCGGGACGGCCCGCGGUCUACGCAUCCAUGAAUACUUGUACUUCCAAGUGCUCAGUCCCGGGGACAUCCGUUACAUCUUCACUGCCACUCCAGCCAAGGAUUUUGGUGGCGUGUUUAAUACAAGGUACGACCAGAUCCACCUGGUCCCGGCAGAUCCUCCGGAGGCCUGUGGGGAGCUGAACAAUGGGGUCUUCAUCCAGGACCAGAUCGCCUUGGUGGAGAGGGGGGGCUGCUCGUUCCUGUCCAAGACCCGAGUGAUCCAGGAGCACGGCGGGCUGGCCGUGAUCAUCGCCGACAACGCCUACGACAACGACAGCUUCUACAUCGAGAUGGUGCAGGACAGCUCCCGGCGCACAGCCGACAUUCCUGCGCUCUUCCUGCUGGGCAGGGACGGGUACAUGAUCAGGCGCUCCCUGGAGCAGCACGGGCUCCCCUGGGCCGUCAUCUCCAUCCCCGUCAACGUCACCAGCAUCCCCACCUACGAGAUGAUGCAGCCCCCCUGGACCUUCUGGUAGCAGCAGGAGGCUGUGGCGGAUCGUGGGCUUCCCAGUGGAUCCCAGGAGUUUCCCCUAAGCACCAGGUUUGGAGUCCCAACGUCUUCCAGAGAUCCCACUGGAUUCGGCAACGGGGAGAUCUUCCUGCUGGCCAAGUGCCAGGUGGGAUCGGAGAGCACCCUU